GGUUUAGCAAGAUAUUGUGUUCUGCCCCUGUUAUUCUUUCAUUUAUAUCUACAAAAAUUCUGCAUCCUCACACGAUGUUCAUAAAAUCUAAGAUAUACCCGCUUAAAUUCACCUCCAGAUGUCUCAAAACCCUUGAUCGAUUUUCCAUUUUGAUCCAUUUAUCAGCCCUUAAUUUUCUAUUAUUCUGAGCUUCUUACUUCACUUUCCGGCGAAAAUUUCGACACCAUGGCUGCGCUUCUCAGAUUGAGAACUUCCAAGGAAACGGCUUCUUUCACAGCCUCUCAAUUGAGAAACUUAUCACUCAAUUACAUGCACGCGGGUGGCAUGUCUAGCUCUUACCGUUCGCACCAUUCAAAAUGGGACGAUCGCUUCGCUAAUGCUCCUUAUCAUUUCACUUCUUUCAAGCCUGUCUCGCUGCGUGGUGAAUUCGUUGACAAGAGUACUCAACCAUUGGAUAAUAGGAGAAGUGGCCGUAAUUCAAGUAAGGAUCUUUGUAGGAAUUGGAGCGGGAGAUUGAAUGCCACUGACAGUGGGUCCAAUAAUGGGGACCCGCCUGAGGUGUGGCAGCCUCCGGGCGAUGGGAUUGCAACGGUUGGGGUAAACGAAUCCGCCGUGAAUGUAGUUCAUGGAGGUAGAGGUGGGUCUGGGUCCAAUUCGAAGGAUGGGUGCUGGGGUGGAUCCAAUUUGGGUAAUAAUUUUCCAACACCAAAAGAGAUCUGUAAGGGGCUGGAUAAAUUUGUGAUUGGACAAGAACGAGCUAAAAAGGUGCUUUCUGUUGCCGUUUACAAUCACUAUAAGAGAAUCUAUCAUGAUUCCAUGCAGAAGUGGUCUGCAGGAGGUUCAGGGAACAGCAAAGUAGAAGCUAUGGAUGAUGAUGGAGUGGAACUUGAGAAAAGUAAUAUUCUUUUAAUGGGGCCAACAGGUUCAGGGAAGACAUUACUAGCUAAAACCUUGGCACGGUUCGUUAAUGUUCCCUUUGUUAUUGCAGAUGCAACUACAUUAACUCAGGCCGGAUAUGUGGGGGAAGAUGUGGAGUCCAUAUUGGGCAAGCUACUAAUGGCUGCUGACUAUAAUGUGGCAGCUGCCCAGCAGGGCAUUGUAUACAUCGAUGAAGUUGACAAGAUCACAAAAAAGGCUGAGAGUGUUAACAUUAGCAGAGAUGUGUCAGGUGAGGGUGUUCAGCAGGCAUUAUUAAAAAUGCUCGAGGGAACGGUUGUCAAUGUUCCUGAAAAGGGAGCUCGAAAGCAUCCAAGAGGUGAUAAUAUUCAGAUUGAUACGAAGGAUAUACUCUUCAUAUGUGGAGGUGCAUUCAUUGACUUGGACAAAACCAUUUCUGAAAGGCGCCAAGAUUCUUCCAUUGGGUUUGGUGCGCCUGUACGUGCAAACAUGAGGGUUGGUAAUGUUACUAGUGCUGCUGUGACAUCAUCUUUAUUGGAGACUGUUGAAAGCAGUGAUCUUAUAUCAUUCGGUUUAAUACCUGAAUUUGUUGGAAGAUUUCCUGUCCUUGUGAGUUUGUCAGCUCUUACUGAGAAUCAACUUGUACAGGUUCUGUCAGAGCCAAAAAAUGCCCUUGGGAAGCAAUAUAAGAAGAUGUUUCAAAUGAAUGGUGUUAAAUUACAUUUCACAGAAAAUGCUUUCAGAUUAAUUGCUAAUAAGGCAAUAACAAAAAAUACUGGGGCUCGAGGGUUGCGGUCCAUACUAGAAACUAUCUUGAUGGAUGCCAUGUAUGAGAUUCCUGAUGUUAGAACAGGUGAAGAUAUCAUAGAUGCUGUUGUAGUUGAUGAAGAAUCGGUAGGAACCGAGGGACAGGGAACUGGAGCCAAGAUCCUUUAUGGAAAGGGUGCAUUGGAUCGAUAUCUUACCAAACACAAAUCAAAGGAUUUAGAGACAAAUGCGGAAGGGUCCGAUGGAGAACCAGAGGCAGAAACAGAGCUUUCUUCUAUAGUUGCUAGCAUGUAGUCUGUUGAUCUCAUUUGUAGCUUUAUCCAUGUACAUAAUAGCUUCACAUUAAUUUAAUAAAUUUAAAGAUGCAAAUUACAAUUCACACUGUGAUUGGUCGGAACUGUGCAGCACUUGAUACAGUUGAAGCCGUAUAUUGUAAUUGUACAUGUAUUAAUCAUGUGGCAGCCCAAUGGAUAGCUUUUACUGUUGUUUAGCUAAAAUAA